AUGAAGCUCUCGGCUGUGUUCCUCGUGUCUCUCAUCGGCGCCGCCGCCGCCGCCCCCGCCGCCGAGCCCGUCGACGUUGAGGUCCGCGCUGCGGCCCGCGACACCAUGCACUCGGGUGCCGAGAUCGUGUCCAAGCUGGCCGCCAUGCAGGGCAGGGUCUCGCCGUCCAAGAGCAAGAACCCACUGCAGGCCCGCCCCGCCGACCCCAACGCCUGCUACGCCGACUGCAUUCUGGCUGGCGGCAACGACUGGGAGUGCAUCUGCAAGUGUGUCGCCUGUGGUGGAAAAACUCCUCCCCCUUAG